AGCUCCGAAUGAAACGGAUCAGCCUUAUGAAAUAAUGUCUUAUAAAUUUAAAAGUGCCAUUUAAAAAAGUUACUAAAGUUAAUACAAAUUAUUGAAUAAUUGAUGCAUUUAAUUUGUGUCAAACUUAUAUUUGGUUUAAGUGAAUUUUUGAGUUGAGUGAUCGCUCUUAAGAAAUUAAUUAAUAGCAUUUUCGUUUCUGUGCACUAUUCAUUUUGAUGACUAUAAAAUCACUAUAAAGAAAUAUAUUGCGGAUUAUCAAAUAUAUUGGACAUUCUUUGUCACUAUGAUCAAGAAUUUCCUAAUUCUUAUUUGAAUAUCAUUUUUCUAUCCAGAACUUGAUAAAAAUUAAAAUGGUGGCUAGCAUAGAUGAUGCGCAAACUGCAACAGUAGAAGAGCAUUUUAAUGAAUUGAUGAAUGACAAUAGUUACAUAGCUACUACAGGUUGGAAUGUAGCUCAUGAUGAUUUACCCGCUUGGUAUGAUGCUGAUCUUUUCAAAAAGGCUCAAGCAUACUAUAAUAGUCACAUCUUAGGGUUUACAAUUGCACAAUUAAUGGGAUUGAUAGAUGUAUUAGCAGUACCUUCCAUUUUAAAGGUGUUGAUUUUCACGAAGAAAAGCGGUAUUCCAUGUACUGCAUUUAAAAGAUAUGCAAUGACAGUUCUGCACACACAUGCCAUACUUUCUGAAGAUAUAGAAGACCCGAAAUCAAAGAAGAUAUCUUCGUUCCGCUGCCCCGGAGACCCGCGUUCAAUUCCCGCCAGGGCUGAUUUCUUCUUACAAGUUUAUUUCAGAUUUUUUUCAAGUAUUAAUACAAUUCGAUGGAAACACUGCAUGGCUACCAAAUUAUGCCAGAAGGCUAAUCAUCCAGAAAUUACAAAUAGGGAUUUAGCUUUAACGCAAUUUGGAUUUUUUGGUUAUAUUUUAAUUCGACCGAAGGAAUUUGGAUUUGAAUAUGAUCCCGAUAAACAAGCAGCUAUUGUGCAUUUUUGGAGAGUCAUUGGGCAUCUGAUUGACAUACCUGAUCGGCUGAAUAUUUGUCGAAAAAACUUAGCUGAAACAACCCAACUUUGUAAAAUCAUUAUGCAGGAAGUUAUGACUAAACAUGUGAUAGAAAAUCCUCCCCAUUUUCGGGAAAUGGCAUCAGCCAUGUUGGAAGCAAUAGCAUGCAUAGAUUUUACUACUGAUGUUCAAUCUUCAUUGGCAUUUUGUCAUCAACUACAUGGAGCGCCAUAUGAAAAGCUGUCCCUUUUGAGCUGGUUGAAUUUGAAAUAUCACGAAAUGAUUUUCUUUCUAUGUAGGACACCAAUCAUCGGUUACUUUACAAAAUCAUUCCAGAAUUUCAUGAUAAAAACUACAUUUUGGAUUAUUGAUGGAUAUCCCUUAAUAGCAUGGUUCAGAUUUGGAAAAGCAGAGACACGAUUUGUUCUCUAUCCACAUAUUCCAUCAUGAAAAAUAUAUACUUAAAUGGACUGUACAUAUAAAAUUUCGUAAACCCAAACAAAAAAAAAUAAAUAAAAAAUGUAUAAUU